CAAUACAAUGGACCCUAGCAACAGGUCUGGCCGAGAAGCCAACAGAAUCGGUGGGGAUAAGAUGCUCCAGCACUAGAAGAGGAAGCACAAGAGGGGCCAGGGUCAAAGGAAGGCCCUGCUAAAUGUCACCAUCCUCCCCACGUUGACACCUCCAUCUUUCCCCUCGAUGGCUGCCCCGAAGACCCAGGAGUCUAAGACCACCCUGACUCUGAGCCCGGAGAAGAUGGCGUCCAUCGGAGAGGUCUUCCAGGGAGACAGCCUGUCCGCCACCUCCACCAAGCUGCGCUCCACCCUCCAGUCCCUGGAGAACGUGCGGCUGGACAUCGCCGUCACGGGCGGGGCGGGCUCGGGCAGGUCCACCUUCGUCAACUCGCUGCGGGGCCUGGGCGACGAGGACCAGGGCUCGGCGCAGACCGGGCUGGCCGAGACCACGUCGGCCCCGACGCCGUACCCGCACCCCAAGUACCCCAACGUCAUCGUCUGGGAGCUGCCCGACUUGGGGACGUCCUCCCUGCCAGCCGAGCAGUACCUGGAGAAGGUCCUGAUGGGCCGCUACGAUCUCUUCAUCCUGCUCAGCGCGGAGCGCUUCAGCCCCGGCCACGCGCGGCUCGCGCGCGCCCUCCAGGCCCGGGACAAGCCCUGCUACCUGGUCCGCUCCAAGGUGGACGUGGACGUGGCCGCCUCCCGCCAGCGCCGACCCAGCACCUUCUCUGAGGAAGGCGUGCUCAUGGACAUCCGGGAAAACUGCCGUUCCUACCUGCAAGCGGAGGGGGUCACCAAGCCCAAGGUCUUCCUGCUGUCCACGUUCGAGCUGGACAAGUUCGACUUCCAGCUGCUCAGCGAGGUCAUAGUGAGGGACCUGGAGAGCUCCAAGCGCCACGCCUUCCUGCUGGCCCUGCCCAACGUGUCCAACGCCGUCCUGGAGAAGAAGGCGGGCUCCAUGCUCCAGCACAUCUGGCUCGUGGCCACCGUGGCCUGCACCGUGAACCCGCUGCCGGUGCCCGGGGUGCCCGAGGUGGCCUGCGACCUGGGGCUGCUGGUGCGGGCCCUGUCCGGCUACCGCCGCGGCCUGGGGCUGGAGGCGGGCGGCCUGCAGCGGCUGGCCCAGCGCACGGGCGGCUCCCUGCAGGCCAUGCAGAGCCGGGUGUGCGGGCCGCUGUGCGAGGCCAGCCCGCGGCAGGUGAUCGACUUCCUGGGCCGCGCCUGCGGGAGCACCACGGCCACCUUCGCGCAGGAGCUGGCAUCCCUGCCCGUGCUGGGCGUGCUGUCGUCCUGCAGCUUCUCCUUCGCCACCGUGUACCAGAUGCUCCGCGCCUACCUGGACAAGGCCACGGCGGAGGCCAAGAAAACCCUGAGCCAGGCCUUGCCCACGGGCCAGUGAGCCGGGCGGCGGCCGGGAACCCCCCGCCCUGCGGCCAAGUGGGAGUGGGCCGGGCGGGUCGGGAGGACCAAGAAACUCUCACCUCCAGAAA